GGCUACGUCAGGUGUAAAUAGCUAGCUACUUGAGCAUCUACCACCAACCUGCGAACACAGCCGACACAUACUAACAUGGCUUUUACAUUGUAUUCGCUUAUCCAGGCAGCGAUUUUGUGUGUUAAUGCGGUCUCCGUAUUACACGAAGAAAGAUUUUUAAGUAAAAUUGGAUGGGGUGUGGACCAAAGUGUAGGAGGAUUUGGAGAUGAACCAGGAAUCAAAGUGCAGCUCAUGAACCUUAUCCGCUCUGUGAGGACUGUGAUGAGAGUACCCUUGAUAGCAGUGAAUUCUGUCUGCAUUGUUUUAUUACUACUAUUUGGUUGAAGAGAGAGAUGACCGAAGUUGGACCCAAGAAAUAUGUUUGCAGAUGGAUGGCUUCCCAACUGUACUGCAAGAAACCCACUGUCUCUGUUUCUUUCUCUGGCUCUCACACACAGUGAAAAGUUGAUUUCAAAUGAAUGUUAAUGAUGGAGCACAAACCAGUCUCAAAGAAUGAAUAGCCUAUAAACGUCCAAUCCAACGGUUUGUCUUUUAUAUUUGCAUUUGGUUUCCUGUGUGGAAGCCUAGAGGUGGACAUGAUCCAAAUCAUAUGAAACCUGAAAGUUUAUUGAAAUAAAAAAUAUAUCUGUCUGUGUGUGGCAGAUACGGUUUUCCUACAACAA